AUGCUUCUACACUCGUUUAUCUUUUCUUUGGCCCUCUCAGGGAGCGCCAUUGCCGGCAAACCGUCGUCUAGUUCCAGCGAUUUACCAAAGAUGAUUCCUGUAAAAUAUAUGUAUCGAGUCGACCUGCGCCCGCCCAAACUCAUCAAGAAAUAUUGCGACGACUUUAUAUGCAGAGACCAACUCAAGGAUACACCCGAAACCCCAUACGGGAUAUCAUUUACCUCGCGAUUUUCGGCGGACAAGUUCCUCAAGAACAACUUCCCCUUGGCGUCGAUACACAUCUACAUUAUCGAGCUGCUCGACGACGACCCCAACGACAAGGACUUUCGGCCCCACAUGGUCGCGGCGGAGGCGGAGGCAGUGGCGUAUCUGCGGAACCCCAAGGCCCGCGAGCCCCUCAGCAAGACCGAGUUCCCGCCCGACGGCAAGUUCCGGACGCAUGCGGAGGACAAGAAGAUGGUGGCCGCGAUGAAGAAGGCGAUCAGUACGGGACUGCGGGGGAUCCCGUCGGACACCAUCGCCAGCAAGAAGGAUCAGCAGCGCGUGCUCGAGAGCCCCUGGAGGAAGGUCGAGGGGUGGGUCGUGCCCAAGAACUAUGAACACCCCAUGAUCCAUUGGAGCCGCGACUUUGUGGCGUACAACCCGGGGCCUCAGGUAAUCAGUGGAGUGUGCCGCUUCUUUGAAAACUGCGGCAGGAAGGCUGUGGGAAAGCAGCCAAAGCCGGCGCCUGUUCCUCUCAUCCCCAUGACCGACACGGUUGUUUCUCCCUCUGCCCGCAGGAUUGCUCCUGCCCAAGGCAGCUCGAUCCUGCGAGAUGACUAUUGGUUGUAUCCUGCGACCUGA